UGCGGCAACGCGGCAACGGCGUCACAUAAAGACCCGGUAACUCGUCUCUCCCUCCGUCUCCAGGUCCAGGAAGGAUGGACUCCAUCUCCCUGAUGGGCCGGAGCCCCGUGUUCCUCACCAGCUCCUCCCAGCACCAGAACCAGAACCAGAACCAGAACCUGAACCUGGACCAGACCAGGAACCAGGACCUGGUCCAGACCAGGAACCAGGACCUGGUCCAGACCCAGACCUGCUCCAGGAACCAGGACCUGGUCCAGACCCAGACCUGCUCCCGGACCCAGGACCCGGUCCCGGUCCCGGCCCGGCCCCCCGUGGCGGUCCUGGGUUCCGGGGACUUCUCCCGGUCCCUAGCGCUGCGUCUGCUGCGCUGCGGCUUCAGCGUGGUGGUGGGCAGCCGCCGGCCCCAGCUAGCCGCUAGCGGCUUCCCCCACGUGGUGGACGUGACGCGGCACCAGGACGCCGUGGCUAAAGCUAACGUGGUGUUCCUGGGGAUCCGCCGCGAGCACUACGGCUUCCUGUGGGACCUCAGGCACCUGCUGGCAGGGAAGAUCCUGGUGGACGUCAGCAACAACCGGAGGGUGAACCAGAACUCCGACUCCAACGCUGAGUUUCUGGCGUCGCUGCUGCCGGAGUCGAUUGUGGUGAAAGGAUUUAACGUGAUCUCAGCCUGGACGCUGCAGCAGACUAGCCCGCAGGACGCUAGCAGACAGGUGUUUGUCUGCAGCGACUCGGUGCCGGCCCGGCAGCAGAUCAUGGACCUGGCCCGGCAGCUGCACUUCCAGCCGGUGGACCUGGGCCUGCUGUCGUCGUCGCGGGAGCUGGAGAACCUCCCGGUGCGGUUGUUCCCGGGCUGGCGGUUCCCGGUGCUGCUGGCCGUGUCCGUGUCCACCUUCUUCUUCUGCUACUCCUUCACGCGCGACGUGCUGCACCCGUACGUGACGCAGCGCCGCAGCGUCUUCUACAAGAUCCCGCUGGAGCUGGUGAACCGCACGCUGGCCGGCGCCGCCGCCACGCUGCUGGCGCUGGUGUACCUGGCGGGCCAGCUGGCCGCCGGCUACCAGCUGGCCCGCCGGACCAAGUACCGGCGCUUCCCCCGCUGGCUGGAGGCCUGGCUGGCGGCCCGGAAACCGCUGGGCCUGCUGGCCUUCUUCCUGGCCGCCGUGCACGUCCUGUACAGUCUCUGUUUACCCAUGAGGAGGUCGGAGAGAUUCCUGCUGCUCAACGGAGCCGUCCGCCAGGUCCACGCCGACGUGGAGAACUCGUGGAACGAGGAGGAGGUGUGGAGGGUGGAGAUGUACGUUUCCUUCGGGGUGAUGAGCUUCGGCCUGCUGGCCCUGCUGGCCGUGACCUCCAUCAGCUCCGUCAGCUCCGCCCUCAACUGGAGGGAGUUCAGCUUCAUCCAGUCCUCUCUGGGCUACGUGUCCCUGGUUCUGGUUCUGCUCCACGGGCUUCUGUACGGGUGGCGGCGGGUCCUGGAGGGGACCCAGUACCGGUUCUUCCUGCCCCCCAGCUUCGUGGUGGCGCUGGUUCUGCCGGGCCUGGUGGUUCUGGGGAAGCUGCUGCUGCUGCUGCCGCCCCUCAAGUCCCGGCUGACCCGGCUCCGCCGGGGCCUGGACCUGGACCCGGACCGGGACCGGGACCGGGGACGGGGACGGAGGCUGGAGCCGGUGGGCUCGGCCGCCGGGGCGUCGCCGGAGAGAAUCACCGUCAUGUGACCCGUCGGAGGCCCCGCCCCCGGAGGGAAUCACCGUCAUGUGACCAGAGGCCCCGCCCCCGGAGAGAGUGAUGGUCAUGUGACCACAGACCCCGCCCAUCAAGGAGGACUGCCAAUGGAAAUUGGCCUUUUGGCUACAAUUGGGUGCAUUUGUAAGAGAUAAAGAUAUGGAGCCAAAUCAAGGCCAAAAGUUUUGCUAAUUUGAAAAUAAAAUUUUAACCUGAAAAUUCUUUUUUACAGUUUCAA